AUGUUAAACCAUAAAAAAUGCUUGAAUUAUCAACAACACAAAACAAUGAAUGUGAAUGAACAAUUGGAAAGAUAUAGUCAAAUCAAUACGACAACAAAACAAAAAACAUUUACUAUGAAAUUCCAUUCGAUAUGAUCCAUUAUUAUUUUCAAAUGAAAAACGAAAAAAAAAAUUGACAGACAAUAAAAAAAAACAAAUCAUCAAUCAUGAUUCAUUCGGUAUUAAUAUUCAAUACACAGGGAAAAGCAAGAUUGGUUAAAUUCUAUGAAUAUAAUUAUCCACCUGAUGUUACCAAAGAAAUUAUACGUUGUGCAUAUGAUCUAAUACAUUAUCGUGAUUAUUCGGAAUGUCAAUUUAUUGAAACUGAUAUUUUCGAUGUAGCAAACGUUCGUUGUCAUCGACCAAAAUUGGAUGAAAAAUUAUUACUUAUGUAUCGUCAAUAUGCAACAUUAUAUAUUGUAUUCAUUGUUGAUAAUGGUGAAAAUGAAUUAGCCAUUUUAGAUUUAAUACAAGUUUUUGUUGAAUCAAUGGAUCGUUGUUUUAGUGCUGUUUGUGAAUUAGAUCUAAUAUUUAAUAUGCAUAAAAUUCAUUAUAUUUUAAAUGAAAUUAUUGUCGGUGGUAUGGUUAUUGAAACAAAUUUGGAUGAUAUUUUAUUACGUUAUAAUGAACAAUGUAAAUUGGAAAAUGAAUCGGAUCAACAAAUUCAAGGAAUAAAAGCUAUGGCUAAAUUACGACAUCAAAUUAAUCUUGAAGGACAUAUCAAAACAUUACAAAAAAAUUUAAAACAAGGAUUAAAAACAACAACUAAAACACAAUCAUAAUUUAAUUUAAAGAAGAA